CAGUUUUUCGAAAAAGUUCCGACAGCUGUGUACACAGAAAAUUUUCCACCUUCACAAUUGCAAAAUAUUGGCAAUUUUGUGGAAAAUAGGUGAAAAAUUGUGCGGUGAAACGUGAAAAUGGGUCAUUUACUUCGAUAAGCUUGCACUUUUCAGUCAAUACCUGUGCUCAGUGCCACGUAAUGCAUAGAUUGCCGAAGAUCCUUAUCGAUUGAGCAGCAAAGUGGACGUGAAAAACUCUUUUUAAUCUCUAAAUUUCACCUGUAGAUAGUGGUUACAAAAAUGCGUAUACGAAGACGAUUUGCCCUUAUAUUCUCCAGUGCUGUAAUUCUCUUCUUCCUCUUUCUCUACGUUAUUAUAAAUUACUCCAUGCCCAGCGAUAAGCCGAAAUCAAUGUUUAUGAUUGAGAAUAAACUGAAAGAACUGCAGCAUAAUCUAAAUAAGCACGCGGAGGAAUUCGAUGAGAUUAAGAAGCAGAUAGAUAACUUACAGACGAAUCAGGAAAAGAGUCAGGAGCAGCAAUUGGAUGGGAAUGAUUUGGUGAAGGAUUCCAUCAUAAAUGCUGGCCAAUGGGCAGGUGAAACGGAGAAUUCAGAGUGCUCCAAUAAAUGGGGAGUUGUCCCCAAGCCCGACAUCCAGAUGCUGGAUGUGUACCGGCAACUGGAAUUUGACAAUCCCAAUGGAGGUCCUUGGACUCAGGGAUGGCGAGUAGAAUAUGAUCCUCAUCACUGGAACAGUCAUCAUCAGCUGAAGGUUUUUGUUGUGCCCCAUUCGCACAACGAUCCAGGAUGGAUUAAGACCUUUGAUACUUACUACGAGCACGACACGAAGCCCAUUCUGACGAACCUCCUGAGGCAUUUGGAGGCGAAUGAAGAGAUGAAGUUCAUUUGGGCAGAGAUUUCCUACUUCUCCAAAUGGUACGAAGAACUCUCGAUGGACGCCAAGAAGAGGGUGAAACGCCUUGUUCAGAGAAAACAGUUGGAGUUUGUAACUGGUGGUUGGGUGAUGAAUGACGAAGCCAAUUCCCAUUGGAUUGCAAUAAUCCAGCAACUCACUGAGGGCUUGACGUGGCUUAAAGUACAUCUUAAUGUUACACCAGUAUCUUCAUGGGCUAUUGAUCCUUUUGGUCAUACUCCCACCAUGCCUUAUAUUCUCAAGGGAAGUGGCAUGAAGCAUCUCUUGAUCCAGCGAACGCAUUAUUCGGUGAAGAAGCGAAUGGCUCAGAAGAAAGAUUUAGAAUUUCGCUGGAGGCAAAUUUGGGACAAUAGCGGAGAGACAGAUUUACUGACACACAUGAUGCCCUUUUAUUCCUACGAUGUGCCCCAUACUUGUGGUCCUGAUCCUAAGGUUUGCUGUCAGUUUGACUUUAAGCGUUUGCCUGGGUACGGAGUGAACUGUCCGUGGCGUAUAGCUCCUCAGGCCAUUGAUGAGGUGAAUGUGGCCAAAAGGGCUGAAUUGAUAGUGGAUCAAUGGAGGAAGAAAUCGAUUUUGUACAGAACGAGAUCAGUUCUUAUUCCUUUGGGAGAUGAUUUUCGGUACAGUCAGAGUUCAGAGUGGGAGGCUCAGAGGGUGAACUAUGGGAAACUCUUUGAGUACAUCAACAAUGAACCGAGUUUGCAUGUUCAGGCCAAAUUUGCCACUCUGUCGGAGUAUUUUGAGUCUGUGACCAAAGAGAAGGAACUUGAGCAGUUUCCGUCGCUCAGUGGAGACUUUUUCACAUAUGCCGACAAAGAUGACAACUACUGGAGUGGAUACUUCACUUCGAGACCCUACCACAAACGUCUGGAUCGUGUUCUUAUGAAUUUCCUCAGAUCUGCCGAAAUGUUGCAUUCCUGGACAAUCUGGGAGACUGAAGCGGGCUUUGAUAAUCUCUUGAGAAAUGCCCGAAGAGCUCUGUCUCUCUUUCAGCAUCAUGAUGGUGUUACAGGAACAGCUAAAGAUCAUGUAAUGAAAGAUUAUGCUGCUAGAAUGAUAGAUGCUGUUCGUGCUUCGAAAUUUGUCAUUCAACAGUCUGUCUAUAGACUCCUCACAAAGCCCUCAAUUUACCAGCCAGACUACAAAUUCACCUAUCUCAAUAUUGACGAUUCCCGCUCACCGAGUCCGGAUGAAAAUCGACCGACAAUCAUCAUUGGUGAUGAGAUUCCCUUUAAGUACGUCGUUGUGCACAAUUCACUGCCACAGGCCCGAGUGGAACUGGUAGAGUUUCUGAUUGCCAAGCCUUUUGUUACUGUCACGGAUCCCGAUAAGAAUACGGUUCCGGCUCAAGUUAGUCCUGUGUGGUCAUGGCAUCGUGGAGGAUUCACAGCGUAUGCCCCCCAAGCGUCCACGACAAAGUACCGAUUGACCUUCAAGGCUACCGUUCCGCCAAUGGGACUCAAAGUCUACACAAUUCACUCCGUCAAUUCAGCUGCAGAAAGCCGUGGUGUAACGUAUGCAAAGAUCACAAUAAUGACUCACUCACCAUUUUCCCUGAGCUUGGGUGACUAUCCCAAUCAGGUUGAAUUUACAACGCCCAAAGAGGUGUCUCUGCACAUGGCAAAUGGUGCUGGUGUUGCAUUUAGCAAUCAGGGCCUUCUCAAGUCCAUGACCAUUGAUUCCAAUUCCCCAAGUGUGCCAAUUCAUUUGGAGUUUCUUAAAUAUGGUGCCAAGAUGGGGCCAGAUCGUAGUGGUGCUUACUUAUUUAUGCCAGAUGGACCGGCUGUACCUCUAUUGCUGGGAAAUUUGACGACACUGGUGAGUCGUGGGGAAUUGGAAUCGAGUGUGUCAACGGGAUUACCUUUUGUCAUCCAUGAGAAUAUUAUGCGAGAAGAUGGGCUAGAGAUCAGGAAUUUGGUGGAUAUUGGAGAUAUGGACAAUACGGAGAUUGUUAUGAGAUUUAACACGAAAAUCACCAAUGGAGAAUUUUUCUACACCGAUCUCAAUGGAUUUCAAGUGAUUAAGCGUCAGAGAUUUAGUAAGAUUCCUCUUCAGGCAAAUUACUAUCCAGUGCCGAGUUCGAUGUUCAUUGAGGAUGAGACAUUUAGGCUGACACUGCUGACGGCUCAGUCAUUGGGCGGAUCAUCGCUGAAGUCGGGUCAGAUGGAGAUAAUGCAGGAUCGGAGAUUGAAGCAGGAUGAUAAUCGGGGAUUGGGUCAGGGUGUUCUGGACAAUCGACCGAUAAUGCAUAUCUUUAAGUUGGUGCUGGAAUUGAGGGAGCCAUGUGUUAAUCUCGAUCAACAGCAUCCUUCGGGAUUCCUAACCACAAAUACUCACUGGCAAUUGAUGGCACUCACGUAUCCCAUGGACAAGUUGGUUUUCCAUGAGAAUGAAUGGGUGGGAAUGGUACCGACUUUUGGGGAGAAUCAUGAGGCCACGGAGAAGGGUAUUGAAGUGGCAAUUUUGAGGGAUUUACCGCAUUUGCCGAUGCCCAAGUCGAUACCCGGACGAAAUUCCCUGGGGAUUGUACUGAGGCGGAUUCGGGUGGAAAAAUGCAGUACUGAUCCGAAUUUAGAGGGCACAGUGAAUAUUCGGCGACUUCUGAGUCUCGAUGAUGGCAAAGAUAUCUACUCGGCACCCUUCAGUCUGCUCAAAAGGGAAGCUGUUGUGCCGUCGGAUGAAGUAGUCUUGUGUCCGAUGGAGGUGAAAGCUUUUAUCAUUGGCAGAUAAAAUCGCCGGAAAACCAACGGAAAAAUGUGAAUAAUUGAUAAGAUUAGCACUCUUUUGUGUUUGUGAUUUUACAAGUAAUAUUUGUAAGGUUUAUGUUUAAAUGUACAAUUCCACCAACUUAUUUUUAUCA